AUGAAUACUACACUUCAAACACAUCAAAAAAAUAUAAAAAUCAGGGAAUCAAUCCCGUUACCGGAAGUCAUUAUACCUGAAAACUACAAACCGCAAAUCUACGUCAACCUGAAAAACAUAAAGCUAGAUGAAGUAAAUAAACUUUUAGAAAAAACUGGAGAAAUGGAAUCCACGGAGAGCAUUAUAUUAUCAAGAAACCCAAGUUGGGCCACUAUAGUUCUGUACAUAAUCGCCACCGCAUGCAUCGUGGACAUCUUCAUAUACUGGAAGAAGAGGACAUCACGACAUACGGCAGCUACAGCGACCACAGUCGGAACCCGCGAGUCGCCGCAACAGUUGCAGUUGCUUUCCAUAGCAACAACACAGAAACCAGCUCCAUCGCCGAGGCUCACUCUCAAUGGCGGAGGAGUUAUAUUACCAUAUAGGCAGUUUAGCCACCAAAAUUCGUCAUAA